GGACGAAGCUCCUCCGGGGUCUUCGGAGGGCUCCCCUGGUAACCGUCGCCCGGGGGAAACGCCCCCCGGAAGUCCGUCACACGCCUGCGCCGAAGAAUCCCAUCUGCGCCUGCGCACCAAGGCGGUGUGGGGGGGGGGGCGCUCGGCAUGGGGGACGCGGAGUCCGAGUCGGAGCAGAUCCGUCUGAAGUGUAUCCGUAAGGAGGGCUUCUUCACGGUGCCUCCGGAACACAGGCUGGGACGGUGUCGGAGCGUGAAGGAGUUUGAGAAGCUGAACCGCAUCGGGGAAGGCACCUAUGGCAUUGUGUAUCGGGCCCGGGACACCCAGACGGACGAGAUUGUUGCCCUGAAGAAGGUUCGGAUGGACAAGGAGAAGGAUGGGGUCCCCAUCAGCAGCCUUCGAGAGAUCACACUGCUCCUUCGCCUUCGCCAUCCGAAUAUCGUGGAGCUGAAGGAAGUGGUUGUGGGGAACCACCUGGAAAGCAUCUUUCUAGUGAUGGGUUAUUGUGAGCAAGACCUGGCCAGCCUUCUGGAGAACAUGCCGACACCCUUCUCGGAGGCCCAGGUCAAGUGCAUUGUGCUGCAAGUGCUCCGAGGCCUCCAGUAUCUGCAUCAGAACUUCAUCAUCCACAGGGACCUGAAGGUGUCCAACUUGCUCAUGACCGAUAAGGGCUGUGUGAAGACAGCGGAUUUCGGCCUGGCCCGGGCCUAUGGCAUCCCAGUGAAGCCGAUGACCCCCAAGGUGGUCACGCUCUGGUACCGAGCCCCCGAACUGCUUUUGGGAACCACCACGCAGACAACCAGCAUCGACAUGUGGGCCAUGGGCUGCAUCCUGGCCGAGCUGCUGGCCCACAAGCCCCUUCUCCCCGGCACGUCCGAGAUCCACCAGGUGGACCUGAUUGUGCAGCUGCUGGGCACGCCCAGUGAGAACAUCUGGCCAGGGUUUUCCAGGCUGCCACUGGUGGGUCAGUACAGCCUGAGGAAGCAGCCGUACAACAACCUCAAACACAAGUUCCCGUGGCUCUCAGAGGCCGGCCUGCGCCUGCUCAACUUCCUCUUCAUGUACGACCCCAAGAAAAGGGCAACAGCCAGAGAUGGCUUGGAGAGCUCGUACUUCAAGGAGAAGCCCCUGCCCUGUGAGCCGGAGCUCAUGCCCACCUUCCCCCACCACCGGAACAAGCAGGCUGCCCCGGCCACGUCUGAGGGUCAGGGCAAGCGCUGUAAGCCGUGACCGGUGGGCCCUCUGCCUGGCCGGCACGACCCUGGUGGACAGCAGUGAAACGGGGAGGCCUCUGCGGUCCAGGCUCUGCAGCAGGUGGAGACCAGCACGCUGCUCCAGCUGAUCACACCCCUUCCCCAGAAGAGCUGGGGGGGUGGGGGGUGGAUGUGGGUGGAGCUACCCGAAGGGGCAGGACGCUCCUGGACACCUGUUGCCAUGGCCUCAGCUGGUAAAAGCUCAGGACCCUCCCUUCCCAGGAGGAAACAUCUGCGGGGCCCAAUUCAGUGGCUGUUGCUGGCUUGGGACGCAGAGACCCUGCAUGGUUGCUUGUCCCCUCCUGAUCACCAGGGUCUGUCCGGGGAAGGGAGAGGCUGUGGUGCACCACCCCCUCCCCAGGCGCAUUCAGAAUGGGAAGGAGAGAUCAGGUGUGGGCCAUAUCCCACCUGAUAGGCUGUCCCUAUCCCCGCACUGAGGCCCGGAGGGGAAGGGGCACAAGUUGGUGCUAACGGGAACUCUGAGAGAUAAAAGGUUUUCUUACAGGCGA